AUGGACCGUACCCUCGGUCUUCUGGCGACCCUGGUGGUGGUGAUUCCUGUUUUGUACAUGUACACCGUCAGCGUCGUGCAGUCGCGCUUCCCGGCCGUGCGGAACAAGCGCAUUUGCUUGCUCAUUGCCCACCCCGACGAUGAGGCCAUGUUCUUUGCUCCGACCGUCCUGGCCUUGACCCGGCCCGAGACUGGAAACCACGUCAAGAUUCUGUGUUUGAGCACCGGCAACGCGGACGGCCUUGGAGAGACUAGAAAGAAGGAACUCGUAAAGAGUGGUAUGCACCUGGGUUUGAGGGACGAGGAUGAUGUCUUCGUAGUGGACAACCCCGCCGACUUUCCCGACUCCAUGACUGCGAAAUGGGACGAAUCCCGAAUCGCGACUCUGCUGUGCAGCGCCUUUGCGCCGCAGCUCGGCCGCCAGCGAGCCGACGACUCGGCCAAGCCAACCGCCAACAUUGACGUGCUCAUCACCUUUGACGGCAGCGGCGUGUCGUCGCACCCAAACCACAUUUCCCUGUUCCACGGCGCCCGCGCCUUCGUGGGCGCCCUGAUGCGCGGCAAGUCUGGCUGGGCCUGCCCGGUCGACCUCUACACGCUCCGCUCCGUCAACAUUCUGCGAAAGUACUCGGCGUUCCUCGACGUCUUUGCGACCAUGGCCUCGUGGGCGGUUGGUGUGCGGCACGAGGACAAGGCGCACCCGGGCGGCCUCGUCUUUAUGAACCAGCUCGUCGGCGAGGGCGGGCUGCCGACGGCAUGGGGCGCCAUGACGCAGGCGCACAGGAGCCAGAUGGUUUGGUUUAGGUACUUUUAUAUCGCAUUCAGCAGAUAUAUGCUGAUUAAUGAUUUGAAACUGGAAAAGAUCAAGAGCAGGUGA